UUCGUCUUCCUCCGUGUUCAACCUCGACCUUUGUGUGGCCGGCAGCUCAUCCUGCAGAGGCUCAACCAGCGGAGGACCAGAUCGUCAUCGACCCACCCGUGAGAAUUUUUUAGUAUCAGUUUCACGUUCAUCGGCACUUUAGCUGCUGCUGCUACUGCUGCUGCCACUUGCGUCUAUCUGCAACUAGACACAGCUCCCAUUUCUAGUCACGAUGCGUUUGGACGGCGUUGCCCCUCCGCCCGAUGCGGUUGAGCCCAAGAGUCAGCGGGAGAAGGAUGAGGACGUGGAGGACCUCAAGGCGAUUGAUGGUGCGCCCGAGGUGGAUGCAUUUGGCGAUGAAGCUAAUGCGGAGGUCAAGUACAAGACCUUGAAGUGGUGGCAAUGCGGAAUGUUCAUGAUUGCUGAAUCCGUGUCGCUCGGUGUCCUGUCCCUUCCGGCUACUAUGACAGCCCUGGGUCUUGUUCCCUCUCUCAUUCUCAUCAUCGGUCUUGGUAUCCUCGCCCUUUACACUGGUUAUGUUAUUGGUCAAUUCCGUGAACGUCACCCAUACAUCCACAACCUUGCCGAUGCGGGAGAGAUCCUCAUGGGCAGCUUUGGCCGGGAGUUGUUCGGUCUGGGCCAGAUUCUCUUCUCCAUCUUCAUCAUGGGUAGCCACAUUGUCACCUUCACUGUCAUGAUGAACACCAUUACCGAUCACGGUACCUGCUCCAUUGUGUUCAGUAUCGUCGCGUUCGUCAUCUGUCUGGUUCUCUCGCUGCCCCGCACCAUCAAGAACUUGACCUACAUCUCCACUGCCUCCUUCCUGAGUAUCUUUUCUGCGGUUAUGAUCACCAUGAUCGGUGUCGGUGUGCAGUACAAGGGCGGACAAAACAUCAGCAUCACUACCGAGACCAACCUGUAUACGGCAUUCAGUGGUGUGACCCAGAUCAUGUUUGCUUACUGCGCCCACGUCGCCUUCUUCGGUCUGAUCGCCGAGAUGGAGGAACCCAAGGACUUCCCCAAGGCGCUGUGCCUGCUGCAGGGCUUCGAAAUUUCUCUCUACGUCACCGCCGCCAUCGUCAUCUACUACUAUGUGGGUAACGGAGUUGACUCGCCGGCUCUCGGAUCGGCUGGUCCUGUCUUGAAGAAGGUGGCCUACGGCAUGGCCAUUCCUACUAUUAUUGGUGCUGGUGUGGUCAACGGACAUGUUGGUCUCAAGUACAUCUAUGUGCGCAUCUUCCGCAAGUCGGGACGUAUGCACAAGAACGACUGGGUCUCGGUGGGAUCCUGGAUCGGUAUUGGCGUGACCUGCUGGGUGAUUGCUUGGAUCAUCGGCGAGGGUAUCCCCUCUUUCAGCAACCUGGUCAGUCUGAUUAGUUCGCUGUUUGCCAGUUGGUUCAGUUUCGGUCUGCCGGGUGUCUACUGGUUGCACAUGAACUACGGCCAGUGGUGGUCGAGCCCGAAGAAGUGUGCUCUCACUAUCAUCAACAUGCUCAUCUUUGCCAUUGGUGCCGCUAUGUGCGGUCUUGGUCUGUACGCGUCCGGCAAGGCGAUCCACGACGACUCUUCCCGGUCCAGCUUUUCGUGCGCCAACAAUGCAUAGACUACUUGGAAAAAAACUUGGAUGACUAGACGACUAAUGGGAGGCGAUUUAAUGUAUAUAAAAGCACAAUCCAUAGAAUCCGUAUAAUUUCGUGCUGAGCACGACAAUCAAUGUGCAUACUGAUC